CCCGGCCCCGGGCGCGCCGCCGCUCCCGCCUCCUCCCGCCCGCCGCGUGCUGCGCCGUUGCGUUGCGUUGCGUUCCUGUCCGCGCCGCGCCUGAGGCACCAAGAUGGCUGUUCUCUCAAAGGAGUAUGGCUAUGUCAUCCUCACCGGGGCUGCCAGCUUCAUCCUGGUCAUGCACCUUGCGAUAAAUGUGGGCAGGGCCCGCAAGAAGUACAAUGUGGAGUAUCCAACCAUGUACAGCACAGACCCUGAACAUGGGCGUAUAUUCAACUGCAUCCAGCGUGCACACCAGAACACGUUGGAAGUUUACCCAUCCUUCCUGUUCUUUUUAGCCACCGGUGGACUCUACCACCCGCGGGCUGUCACAGGGCUUGGCAUCACCUGGAUCCUCGGGAGAAUCCUUUAUGCCUACGGCUACUACACAGGAGAUCCCAAGCAGCGCAGCAGAGGGGGCUUUGGUUCAAUUGCACUCCUUGGGCUGGCAGGCACCAGCGUGUGUUCAGCAUGCCGGCACCUCGGCUGGCUGUGCCGUGACUAACCAACCCUCAUGAACCUGCCUGGGAAAGUAAAGGGAGAUUUUGUUCUGUUGGCUUUUAGAGCAUUUCAUUUCCUGGUUGGUUUGGGGUUUUUUUCCCUCUUCAUUCAAUAAAAUGGAAGUUGUCAA